CUUUACUACCAAUUUAGCUGUUAAAUCAAUUCGUAAGCAACAACUUGUUGAGGUGAGAACAAUGGCUAAUCCACCAUCCGUGGUGAAAUUGGCACUUGAAUCGAUAUGCUUGUUACUCGGCGAAAAUGCAACCGAUUGGAAAUCGAUUCGUGCCGUUAUUAUGAGAGAAAACUUUAUAAAUUCAAUUGUUUCUAACUUCGGUACUGAAAAUAUAACCGAUGAAGUACGUGAAAAGAUGAAGUCCAAAUAUUUGAGUAAUCCUGACUAUAACUUCGAAAAGGUGAACCGUGCAAGUAUGGCUUGCGGACCUAUGGUUAAAUGGGCUAUUGCACAA